CCGCCUCAGACCUGCGCCUUUCAAACAGCAGGACAACUUCAGCACAAACUUGUGUGGUGUAGUAAUAACGGACUCAUUCUUCUCCAGAUUCGGAUAUAGGAGUAAAGCGCCUCUGGAAGCCGGGGACAUGGAUGAUCUAGAUGCAUUGCUUGCAGAUCUCGAGUCUUCCACCGCUCAUAUCUCCAAGUGCCCUGUGUUUCUGCCCGAAGAGACACCAUAUUCUUCCCCCACCGUAGGGUCACCUUUUUCAGGAUGACUCCCCACCUCCACCACUGCCCCCUCCACCCUCAGCUGAGGCCCUGAACGGAUCACUCUCUCCUCGGCCCGACUCACAGCACUCUUCUCAACAGUCUUUAGGGUCUGCCCAUAAAAGCACGUUGUCUCGGGACAGCAGUCCGCCAGCCUCGCAUACUGAAGACGACCACGUUUACAGUUUUCCCAACAAACAGAAGAACUCUGACUCAUCGGCGGCAGCCAUGACCUCUGCCCUGGGCAGCAACCUGUCUGAACUGGACCGCCUGCUUUUGGAACUCAAUGCCGUCCAGCAGAAUGCACCGUCUUAUUCCAGUACAGAGGAUGCAGCACCUCCAUUGCCACCGUGCAGUGUUGCCCAUUAUAUUCAGGAUAAUGGAGCCCAACCAGGUAUUACACUGAUCCCUGCAGCCCAGGACAAACCUCAGCGAAAUGGGACGAAGGGGACAGAGGACAGCCGUCCAUCUGUGGAGAGUCUUCUGAAUGAGCUGGAGACCUCAGUGCCUUGCCCAAUACCCACUCCUUGUGCUCUGACCGGUGAUUUGACGGACGGACAAGUGGACACAACUUCUGAGCAGCAGGGCAGAAUAUCAGCCACCUCAGCUACACGAGAUCUGGAUGAACUCAUGGCCUGUCUGUCUGACUUUAAGCCAAGUUCUUUGGGCUCCCUGAACUCUGAGCCACUGUUUGAACAAACUUCUACCAUUGCUGAAAUUCAUCCGCCACCUGUGACUCCACUGUCCAAAUCCCUGUUCCAUAGCCACCCAGUGGAACCAAGUCUGUAUUCCCCUAGUCUCUCCCCAGCUGUAAACUUUGAGCUGCACAUUGUCGAGGAUUCUGGCGAAGCAGGGACUGCACCAUCCAGUGGCAUCUCAAAUCUGCCCGCUUCCUCUAGGCUGUCUCCACAUGCAGUAUCCAGCUCUCAUUUUUCUCCGGCACAUGAUCCAGACCUCAAUUCUAUCAUUGAUGUUUCUGCAUCCCUGCUCUCCUCACAGAUGGAGUCUCUAGUUGUUCUGACUCAGACUGUAACAACCACCACUACCAAUGCAUCCUUUGACAUAACUGGUGAUCAUGACCCUUGUCCUGUCAAAGAAGGAAACCCUUCUGCGUAUCUGACAAAUUCUGUUCUGAAGUCCUAUUCGCCGAUCACAAAGUCUCCUAGUCCAACAAGUGCUCCAGCGACCAGUAGAGCUUCAGAGAGAGUUAGUCCAUUGGUGACACCAGCAUCUGUUGAUCUAUAUCUAUCCAGCUCUGAACCAAAUCCUUCAACUCCAAGCCCGAUUCCAUCUAUUCCCAGAUCUACUGUGUCUCCUCUUCCUGCAGUCACAGAAUCACCUGUUGUACCAUUUCAGUCCCUUCCCAAAGCUGCUUCACCCUUGUUUGUCCUUGCUUCUGGUCUAUCUCCAUCAGUUCCCAAGUCUCCCAGCCCUAAACCACCAUCAGACAAGCUUGACUCUGCUAUCUCUAAGAAACUCUUAGAGCCAUCUCUUGAUGAUGCCUUGGAUAAGCUUCUGGCCAUGAGCUUCAGCAAACCUGAGAUGGAGUCUCCAAUCACUCACUCAGUGGCUCCACGGCUCAACUUGGAGACACAACCAGAGAUCUACGAGGAGACAAUAAUGGCAUCAGAUUGCAGUGAGAUCCAUCCUGACACUCACACAGAGAGUGAGGUAGGGGAUGGUAUCUUAGAGGACCAGUCGGACUGCAGGAGUGAUCUCGACUGGGCUGAAAUGGAGCUGAAGAUGGCCUACGAAGGACAAGAUGGCUCCAUGACGCCUAUGACCGAGGCAAGCUGGAUGGAUGAUUCACUCACUCCGUCGUCUUGUCCUGGAACCCCAGACGCCCAGAUGGACCUUCCCAUGCUUCAUAUGGCAGGCACUAUGGACAGGAUCUCUGCCUCUGGACAUCUCAAAUCAGUGAUUAGACGCACCAAGGAGAUUCCCAACGUCCACCCCAUGUACCGGGAUGGCCUUAUACGUAGGAAGAUGGGCCCAGUCAUUUACCACAAGAGCAACUCCCAGGACCGGCUCAUUGAGGAACUGCAGGGCAAGCUGGGAAUUGCCCGUAAAGAGCGGCCAAAGAAGCAACAGCCGGAUGAUUGGCUGACAGAAGGUGUCAUCGUUAUGUCCAACCCCAAGCGCUCACAGGAAGACCACAAUAGGGAUGCGGAUAAGAUAAUAAUACAUCCCGAGUCUCCUCUUCCUCAGAGGAAGGUGAUCUUACCUCCCCUAUCACCCCCGCUCCCUCGCCCCCCUCCCCCCAUCGAGGAACCGAAGCGCCCCCUUCCCGUCAGAGCAGUUCCUGCCCCUUUGCCCCCGCCCCCACCACCUGCCCCCUCACCCCCUCCAAGAGAACCCACCCCUCCUCUUCAGCCCCCUCCAAUUCCACCUAAGCCCCUGACCCCUGAACCCGUGGAAGUUCCGGCUCCCACCCCAAAGCCCAGUCCGGCACCCCUCCCCAUACCCACCACUCUACCUGCCCCUGUGGCCCCGCCCAAAGUGCUGUUAUCCGUGGGCAGCCAGACGGAAUACGACCCUCUGUUUCCUCCAAUGCAGAUUAUGGCCCAAGGGAAGACACCACACACACAGGUCAAUAAACUGGACAACAUGCUGGGCAGUCUGCAGUCUGACCUCCACAAGCUGGGUGUGCAGACGGUUGCCAAGGGAGUGUGUGGCGCCUGCUGCAAACCCAUUGUUGGCCAGGUGGUAACAGCCAUGGGACGUACAUGGCAUCCAGAGCAUUUUGUGUGCACACAUUGUCAGGAGGAGAUCGGAUCGAGAAACUUCUUUGAGCGGGACGGGCAGCCAUACUGCGAGAGAGAUUACCACCAUUUAUUCUCUCCACGCUGCUACUACUGUAACGGACCCAUACUGGAUAAAGUUGUAACAGCACUAGAUCGGACGUGGCACCCUGAACACUUUUUCUGUGCCCAGUGUGGGGCGUUUUUUGGUCCUGAAGGGUUCCAUGAGAAGGACGGGAAGGCGUACUGUCGUAAAGACUACUUUGAUCUCUUCGCUCCUAAAUGUGGUGGCUGUGCUCGUGCUAUCCUGGAGAACUACAUCUCUGCCCUGAGCAGUCUCUGGCAUCCAGAGUGUUUUGUGUGCAGGGAGUGUUUCACACCCUUCAUCAACGGCAGUUUCUUCGAGCAUGAUGGUCAGCCGUACUGUGAGGUUCAUUAUCACUCUCGCCGCGGCUCGCUGUGUUCCGGCUGUCAGAAGCCGAUCACCGGCCGUUGCAUCACAGCGAUGGGCAAGAAGUUCCACCCCGAGCAUUUCGUCUGUGCCUUCUGCCUGAAACAGCUCAACAAGGGCACCUUCAAAGAGCAGAACGACAAACCCUACUGCCAGGGCUGCUUCAUCAAGCUCUUCAGCUAGAUUGACGACUGACUGACUGACUGAUGUGUGUGUGUGUGUGUGUGUGUGUGUGUGUCGCGUGUGUGUCUGUGUGUGUGUGUGUGUGUGUGUGUGUGUGUGUGUGUGUGUGUGUGUGUGUUAGGCCCGUUUCACACAUCCUGUAUUCAUUUCGCCUCCAGUAUUAACAGGUUACAGCAACUCAAAGUAGAGUUUGGGCGCUGAGACAAACUUUACAUUUUGCAAUAUAGGUUUUUAUGAAAUGACAUGAUAUACUCACCCAUUGAAUGCAAAAAAAAAAAGUUGAUUGUUGAGGGUUUCAUUCAAGUUAUUCACUGUGAAAUGCAAAACAAAAAACACACUCGGGAAGUUUGACUGAAUUUUGAAGGAUUAUUUCGGUAGAAAGCCAGAGCUCCAGAUGCAGGACGUGUGAAACAGGCCUUGUUCACGUGUCUGACUCUUGAGAUCCCGAAAUGACGUUGCUUGUCAGGUUAAUGGAUUGAUGAUGGAUGCUCUGGAAUAACAGGAUGUUUGUAGAUGGUGUCAGAGGAAAGUUUAGUGUUUAUUUGGAGAGCGUGUGAAAAAUGUUUUGUGCUCACUGGCUGAGCUGGAAAGAAGCUGAAAUGGGAGGUUCAAGAAAAUGAGAAAAUUGUGGAGGAUUUUUCACUUGUACGGGAAACACGAUCAACAAUAACUGUGAAAUCAACAACUGGAAAACAGGAAUAUCUGGGGGAAUUUCAAGGAAUGUCCAGGUCAUAUUUCACCUCAAAAUUAUUAUAAGAAAUGAAAUAAACAUUAUAUUUUGCAUAAAGACAAUGAAGCUUGUAUUUAGACCCCCCCCACAUUUACAUUUAUGCAUUUGGCAGACGCUUUUAUCCAUAGUGACUUACAGUGCACCUAUAACAGGGACAAUCCCCCCCGGAGCAACCUGGAGUUAAGUGCCUUGCUCAAGGACACAAUGGUGGUGGCUGUGGGGAUCGAACCAGCAACCUUCUGAUUACCAGUUAUGUGCUUUAGCCCACUACGCCCCACACACACACACCCUAUUAUAAUAAUGAAAAUCACCCUUUCCAGACACGAUACAUUUUUUAUGUAAAUUCGAUAUAAUCGAAACCAUAAUGUCACAAUGUAAAUAAUCUCAAUUUCUUGCAUCUUCUUAAACAAUAUAUUAUUUGUUAUAAUCAGUAUUAUUAAUAUUUUUAUUUUAUUUUGCUUAUAUUUUGGGGUGCAAUAUGACCCUGACAUGUUCUUGACCGCUUCUGAAAGAUUCAUACUACUCUACUCAACAUUGAAUUUCACUUUUAGUGCCUUGUUUUGUACAACAAAUUAUUUUAAAAGUCACUAAAUAUACCAAAAGUUUUACCAUUUCUCAUGAAUGUUACAGAUUGAAAGAUUGAAGUUCUGAUUAUUUGUUACGAAGCUCGUGUGGGCAUUUGGGCACUGCAAAAACAAUAUAUAUAUAUAUAUAUAUAUAUAUAAGUAACUUUUAAUAACAACUCACAUGUGGAACCCCGUAGCUGUGAUUGUAUCCUACUGAUAUUCAGACUUUUAAUUCAGGGGAGUUUAUGAAUCAUAAUAAGAUCUGAUCUGGAAGUUGCAUUUUAUUAAAGGAAUAUUCCGAGUUAAAAACAACUUUCGCUAGAAUGUAAAAUAUGUAGCAUGAUGUUGAUUUCCACAGUCAUUUUGACCCGUUCAUUAAAAACAAAGGAAAAAUGCAUGUUAAGUCAUGCACUUACAAUGGAAGUCUAUGGGGCAAUUGUACAGCAGGGGUGGCGUUUGCGUACGGCAGUUACCAUAGCAUGCAAAUAAAACCAGGAACAAACAUGCCUCAUUAAGAUGCCGUUUGCUCGUCACUUCCCCAGAGCAUUAUCAGCACAACUGUACGAAUCAUCUUACAAUUAUGGGCUGUUUCCCAAAGGCAUCGUAAUUUAAAUACUUGAAAAUGCUCAUAGAUCUAGUGUACUGGAGUAGGGACAUAUUACAUUUAUUUACAUUUAUGCAUUUGGCGACUUACAGUGCACUUAUUACAGGGACAAUCCCCCCGGAGCAACCUGGAGUUAAGUGCCUUGCUCAAGGACGCAAUGGUGGUGACUGUGGGGAUCGAACCAGCAACCUUCUGAUUACCAGUUAUGUGCUUUAGCCCACUACACCACCACCACUCUGUGAGACAUAUCUGACAUUUGCAGACACCUACAGGACAAUCACAAAAUUACACCUCAUGCAAUUGAAUACAGUUAAUGUCUUGCACGUGAUGCACUUUAUGCAGACGUAUGCAAUGUGACCCUCAUCAUGAAAUGUUAAAUGAUGUGCCUAAUUAAUAAGCUCUACUUAUAUCAAUGAACCUAAAUAGGCCUAUUUCAUUCAUCUAAUAUGUAAUGAUAUACAGUUUGAAAUGAAUGCAUAAAAUAGAUCCAUUUUUGAUCCAAAAAUUCAAUUGCAUAAAUCAGUUAUUCACUGACACAUGUUUUUGAAUUACACAUUAAAUUCAGAGGGGCUUUGGGAUGUUGUAUAUUGUGCACUUGCAAUAGGCCCAAUGAUAACACUGUAAACAUUUAUGUGCAAAUGAAACACUAAACCACACUUAUGAUGGACAAAGCAUUGAUUAUUGAUUGUGUAAACAAUCACGUCACGUUUCAGCACUCACGCCGGGACAGCGACUCUUAUGAAGCACUUGCGAAGUGCAAUUUUGGGUUGGUGGUUGGUUAUCCAAGGAGUUUUUUGCCAUACACUGUUUUUAUUUAACUCCGCCGCUGGUGCACAUCAUGAAUAAACGUUGAAAAUAUAAAAUGGUCACGCUGUUUGGAAAGGAUAACCAUGAUGCUUAAACAAUACAGGUGUUAACAUGAGACUGGUGUGAUGUCUGCUUAUCCAGUCUUUCAACUCAUGUGAGGACCGUGUAAACUCAUGCGAGGGUACCAGAAAGGGAAGACAUAAUUGAUCGUUUAUUUAUGUUAUUAUGUUGUUAUUGAUUAACUCGUGUUAAUGCUUUAACAAAAACACAAGUUUAAAGUUUCUGCGGUUAAACUCUUAAUCACAGGCCCCAUAGACUUCCAUUAUAAGAGCAUUUCUGAAAAUGCAUUUUCUUUUGAUUUUGCAAACUGAGAGACAAGUCAACAUCAUUACACAUUAUUUUAUGUAUUUGUGUGUGUGUUUGUUUGUGUUUGUUUGAGUGUGUUUGUUUGUGUGAGUGUGUGUGUGUUUGUGUGAGUGAGUGUGUGUGUGUGUGAGUGAGUGUUUGUGUGAGUGUGUGUGUGUGUGUGAGUGUGUGUGUGCACUUGUGUGAGUGAGUGUGUGUGUGAGUGUGUUUGUGUGAGUGUGUGUGUGUUUGUGUGAGUGAGUGUGUGUGUGUGAGUGUGUGUGUGCACUUGUGUGAGUGAGUGUGUGUGUGAGUGUGUUUGUGUGAGUGUGUGUGUGCUUGUGUGAGUGUGUUUGUGUGAGUGAGUGUGUUUGUGUGAGUGAGUGUGUGUUUGUGUGUAUGUGUGUUUCAGUGUAUGUGUGUGUUUGAGUGUGUGCUUGUGUGAGUGUGUUUGUGUGAGUGUGUUUGUGUGAGUGUGUGUGUGUGUGUGCUUGUGUGAGUGUGUUUGUGUGUGUGUUUGUGUGAGUGAGUGUGUUUGUGUGUGUGUGCUUGUGUGAGUGUGUUUGUGUGAGUGAGUGUGUUUGUGUGUAUGUGUGUUUCAGUGUAUGUGUGUGUUUGAGUGUGUGCUUGUGUGAGUGUGUUUGUGUAUGUGUGUUUCAGUGUAUGUGUGUGUGAGUGUGUGCUUGUGUGAGUGAGUGUGUUUGUGUGUAUGUGUGUUUCAGUGUAUGUGUGUGUGAGUGUGUGCUUGUGUGAGUGUGUUUGUGUGAGUGAGUGUGUUUGUGUGUGUGUGUGUAUGUGUGUUUCAGUGUAUGUGUGUGUGAGUGUGUGUUUGUGUGAGUGAGUGUGUUUGUGUGUAUGUGUGUUUCAGUGUAUGUGUGUGUGAGUGUGUGCUUGUGUGAGUGUGUUUGUGUGAGUGAGUGUGUUUGUGUGUGUGUGUAUGUGUGUUUCAGUGUAUGUGUGUGUGAGUGUGUGCUUGUGUGAGUGUGUGUGUGUGUGUGUGUGUGUGUGUUUCAGUGUAUGUGUGUGUGUGAGUGUGUGUGUGUGCUUGUGUGAGUGUGUUUGUGUGUGUGUGUGUGUGAGUGUGUGUGUGUUUGAGUGAGUGAGUGUUUGUGUGAGUGUGUGUGUGUUUGUGUGAGUGUGUGUGUGCACUUGUGUGAGUGAGUGUGUGUGUGAGUGUGUGUGUGUGAGUGUGUGUGUGCUUGUGUGAGUGUGUUUGUGUGUGUGUGUUUGUGUGAGUGAGUGUGUUUGUGUGAGUGAGUGUGUUUGUGUGUAUGUGUGUUUCAGUGUAUGUGUGUGUUUGAGUGUGUGCUUGUGUGAGUGUGUUUGUGUGAGUGUGUUUGUGUGAGUGUGUGUGUGCUUGUGUGAGUGUGUUUGUGUGUGUGUUUGUGUGAGUGAGUGUGUUUGUGUGUGUGUGCUUGUGUGAGUGUGUUUGUGUGAGUGAGUGUGUUUGUGUGUAUGUGUGUUUCAGUGUAUGUGUGUGUUUGAGUGUGUGCUUGUGUGAGUGUGUUUGUGUGAGUGUGUGUGUGUGCUUGUGUGAGUGUGUUUGUGUGUGUGUUUGUGUGAGUGAGUGUGUUUGUGUGUGUGUUUAUGUGUGUUUCAGUGUAUGUGUGUGUGAGUGUGUGCUUGUGUGAGUGUGUUUGUGUGAGUGAGUGUGUUUGUGUGUGUGUGCUUGUGUGAGUGUGUUUGUGUGAGUGAGUGUGUUUGUGUGUGUGUAUGUGUGUUUCAGUGUAUGUGUGUGUGAGUGUGUGUUUGUGUGAGUGAGUGUGUUUGUGUGUAUGUGUGUUUCAGUGUAUGUGUGUGUGAGUGUGUGCUUGUGUGAGUGUGUUUGUGUGAGUGAGUGUGUUUGUGUGUGUGUGUAUGUGUGUUUCAGUGUAUGUGUGUGUGAGUGUGUGCUUGUGUGAGUGUGUUUGUGUGAGUGUGUGUGUGUGUGAGUGUGUGUGUGUGUGCUUGUGUGAGUGUGUUUGUGUGUGUGUGUGAGUGAGUGUGUGAGUGUGUGUGUGUUUGAGUGUGUGUGUGUGUGUGUAUGUGUGUUUCAGUGUAUGUGUGUGUGAGUGUGUUUGUGUGAGUGUGUGUGUUUCAGUGUAUAUGUGUGUUUGAGUGAGUGUUUGUGUGUGUAUGUGUGUUUCAGUGUAUGUGUGUGUGAGUGUGUUUGUGUGAGUGUGUGUGUUUCAGUGUAUAUGUGUGUUUGAGUGAGUGUUUGUGUGAGUGUGUUUGUGUGUGUGUGUGUGUGUGUUUCAGUGUAUGUGUGUGUGUGAGUGUGUGUGUGUGCUUGUGUGAAUGUUUUUUUUUUGUGAGUGUGUGUGUGCUUGUGUGAGUGUGUUUGUGUGUGUGUAUGUGUGUUUCAGUGUAUGUGUGUGUGUGUGAGUGUGUUUGUGUGAGUGUGUGUGUGUGUUUCAGUGUAUAUGUGUGUUUGAGUGAGUGAGUGUGUGUGUGUGUGUGUGUGUGUGUGUUUGAGUGUAUGUGUGUUUCAGUGUAUGUGUGUGUUUGAGUGAGUGAGUGAGUGUGUGUGUGUGUGUUUGAGUGUAUGUGUGUGUGUGUGUGUGUGUGUGUGUGUGUGUGUGUAUGUGUGUUUCAGUGUAUGUGAGUGUUUGUGUGUGUGUGUGUGUGUUUGAGUGUGUGUGUGUGUGUGUGUGUGUCACUCAAUUAAAUGUAAUUAUCCACUUAAUGAAAGUCAGAUGUGAAUUGUUCAUCUUAAUAGCUGUGACAAUACUGUGCAAUUCUCAACCCUUGAAUACAGAAUAUGAUUGGUUUAGAAAUGAGUAUCUGAUACUUUCUCGCUCCGAGACGAAUCUAGACGAGAUGAAAACUGCUGUAUUAUUAAAUUCUACUCGUGUCUCUUUUAGUUUUGUCUGUUUUGCAGGAAGUCUUAAGUGUCUUUCAGAAAUCGUAACGGCCGAGUUUUGAAUACUUGCCGUGAUGUUGCAAAAAGGGUGAAUUGGGGAAGACUUUCUUACAUUUUUAGAAACAUAUUGUAACUGGAAUAGAAGUAUUUUCGGAUUGAGAGUAUUCCCAAAUGUGUGUUGGAAUGACAUUGUCAAAUAAGAUCUGAUGUUCUGCACCAGCAAGUGUUUAUUAUAUGAUAAUAUAAUGUGCCAGAUAUCUGUGAGUGUCAUUCUUUCUCAAGCGCUGUUGUGCGAAUGUUACUUUGAAAGUAGACAAUAAUUGUUUUGAUUGAAUUCGCUUUAAAAAUGCCUUAUUUGAUUACUCAACUGUAAUGAUUGCUCUUGUUUGUCACGGUUUGUCUCACUCCUAAUCGCUGAUGUGCCAAAAGAACCUGCAGUGGAGACGAGGAUGUCUGUAUGUUUUAAUCACAUUUACACUGGUUCAAUGAUUUGAUUUUGUUUAUCUUGAGAUAUGUUUAUUAUCUAAAAAAAAAAAUGAUCUCUAGCCUUUUUUUCCAAACGUUUUAUUUCCCUUCAUAUAUUAUAUUAUUUACCCAAUGUGAACACGGCUAUGCAUAUUAUAAUUAUUUCUCUCCCGUAACACGGUCACAUUUUAUUCUGUGAGUAUUUGUUACCAUUUCUGUUCAUGAUAUAAACAAAUAAAUGUGGUGUUUUAAUGCA